AUGUCCGCCAUCGUACCCCUUACAUUCCCGGCCGUCUUCCCCGCCGAGAUUCGAGAGCAGAUCUACGAUCUCGUCCUCGUCUCUCCCAGCGGCCAAGUCAACCUCAAGAAGGCAUCCCGCAUCAAAGGCGUGCUCGGCUGCUUCCACUCCAAGAUCCAGCCGAUCCCACCCGGUGCCAGCCCGCAGGGCAAACUGCUGGGAGAGAUCCGUCUCAGCUUCCUCCGGACCUGCAAGAUGGUGCACAAGGAGUGCCGAAACCGCUUCUGGGCCAAGAACACGCUGCACUACGCCUCCGUCCUCCAAGGUGCCGAGUGGUUCUACAAGCUCCGUACCCUCCGCCUCAACCCGACGUGCCUGCACUACAGCCUCACCGAGAACUUGCAGUUCGUCCGCUUCGAGAUCGACUUCUUCACCGAGGGUGCCGAGAAGCUCGAGGAGUUGCUCUUCACCGCUGGGCAGUGGGCCAAGGAGGGUAAGCUGCAGACGAUCACCUUGGUCGCGGCUGGUGAGGACCGGGGCACUGCUGCUGCGGGCAUCAUCUCGAUGGCAUCGAUCAAUAAGAUUAGCACUGAGCGAUACUCGGAGGAUGCUGAUAUGAAGGAGUUCCAUGCCGAAUACCGACAGGCUCUCUCCGACCCGGCCAGCACUUGUCUCAAGGGCGUCAGCAAGUACCUCCACUUCAACACCACCGGUCCCACGAUCAAGUUUGGAAAUGAGUUUCCCGAGGAGACCAUGGAUGCUAAGGAGCGCACCAACAUCUACAAGUUCUUGCGGGAGCUGAGCAAGAUUUGGGAUGGUGAUGUCCUGGUCGAUGGGGUGACCUACUUCCGCUGCGGCGUCGCGAUCCCCGACACAAAGCUCUUUGAGGGCGAUCUCAUUGAGGAGGAAAUCGUUGAGAAGAAGCCCGCUGAGAAGGAGCCCGCUGAGAAGGAGGCCGUUGUGGAGGAAGUUUGA